CUUCUCAUUUGCUUUAUUCCCUAAAACCCCUCUUUGCCUCUUUCUCUCUCUUCUCCCCUUUCUCCUUCCUCCGAACUCUUAUUGUACUCCAGUCUCCAGAUCCGGCGACCGGAUACCGGCGACCGGCGACGGCUGGUCAUCUCCUAUUCUCCUUUGUGUUUUGUUGAAGACUUGAAGUUCCUCUUCUCAAGUUCUCUACUCCUCAAGUUCCCUGCUCAGUGCUCAGUCACCAAGUCACGAGUCUCACGACCCAACUUCUUCUCGGCGACCUGACGGAGUGAUGUUUUCUAGGGGGUGCUCACUGUUCUCGGCCUCCAAGGCUCCAAUUAAGUGCUCUACAAACUGAGGCAUGGACUAUACUAAGGAGAAAAACUGCGCUUGUCAAACUUGCUGUGAAUUUAUUCACCCUGCACUUAAUGUGUCCAACAUUAAGAACCUCAUUCCUCUUGUUCUUAAUACUAAAAAUAGUUUUUACAGUCGUUGGUCUACCCUUUUCCGUGUCACGGCCCGUGCCUACAAUGUUCUUGAUCACAUCGACUCCACCAUUCCUACUCCUUCACACAUUAUUAUUAGUGACCGUGACACCACUCUUUGGGCCCGACUUGAUGCUGUCGUCCUCACUUGGAUUUACGCCACUAUCUCCACCGAUUUACUCAUCACUCUUCUUGAUAAUAAUUAUACUACUGCCAUGGAUGCUUGGACAUGCCUCCGAGAUAUGUUUCAACCUAACACUACUACCACCAUUCACAAGUGCUAUAAGAGAAGAAGGAACAACAAAAAUCUUGAAGGUGGUCAAGUGGAUUUGAUUAGCAACUUACCUGAUGAUAUACUAGUAUACUUGCUAUCUUUUGUAGGGAUUAAAGCAGCAGCAAGAACUAGCCUUCUUUCGAAAAGGUGGAGACAUGUAUGAACUUAUAUCACGGACCUAGAUUUCGAAGAUCCUCCAAGGCUAGCCAUUGCAAUGACUAAGCCAUAUGAGAAUUCCGAAGUGGGUAAUUAUGCUGAUUGGGUUAACCAGGUUAUCAGAGCAAAUCAAGCUCCGUAUCUUAACACCUUCAGAAUGCAUUUUCCUAUUCCUAUCGAUGAUAACAUAUUUGCUUCUAAUAUUGAUAAGUGGCUUGAAUUCGCCUCAACUAAAUGGGUUCGAAAUCUGGAGUUGCACAUGGAAACUAUUCCUACGAUCCCUUUUUUUAAGAACUCCACUUUUGUCUUGAAUACUAGUCUUGUAUCUCUUCACUUGACAAAGGUGGCUGUAGAUGGACCUCUGCUUCAAUGGGUUUUAUCUAUUUGUCUUAAACUUCGCCGCCUUUUGCUUCACUCGUGUCUGACCACCGAUGAUGUUUUUGCUUCUUCCAAACGCCAAAAACUUGUUAUUUCAUCCCUUACACUCGAACACUUGGAGAUUUUUUCUAGCACCCGCCUUCUCAAUGCUGAGUCAUUGCACAUUGUUGCUCCAAAUCUUGUUACUCUUUUAUUUUCUGAGUCUCGUACUGUUGAUGUGGAGUAUGUUAGCGUUCCAUCACUUGUGGAUGCUGCUUUUGGAGGAAAAUAUUCUACUAAACUUACUAGCAACGGGAGUAUUCUAUCCGGUUUAUCUUCCCAACUUAAGAAACUCUCGCUGCAUUGGUCCAUGGUACCACCCUUUCAAGCUUGUAAAUUUCCAUCCUUUGAUAAUGUUAAGGUUUUGGAGUUAUCUUUCAUUAACGAUCAUGGUAGAUACCUUUUAGUAUCGACAUUAUCCCUGAUUACAGCAUGCCCUCAGUUGCAUACAUUCAAGUUAAAGAUAAUGCUUUGGAGGCAGGAUGACUACACAAGGUUAAUACCAAUUAACGUUGCUCAAACUAAUGCAAUUCGUACCCUCCUGAGACUUGAGGCGCUAGAAUUUGUUGGAUAUGCAGGGUAUGAAUAUGCUGGUGCUCUUGCGUAUCAACUCACUCAACAUGCUCCCAUGCUUAAGAAGUUUAUACUUGAUCCUCGUAAACCCGAGCAUGGAGAUCUAAGCAUUUGGUAUGGGAAUAAUAAAAGGGAUAACAUGGAAAUUGGCAGAAGUAUGGCAAAACUGCUUGCCAAACGAAUUAAAUCAAGUGUUGAUGUGGUGAUUUUAUGAUGUUUAUAGUUUAUGCAGCUUCUUGUUCUCAUAUAUUACUGUUGGAAGAUUUUAUUAUAUUAAGGAUUUUGAUCAUGUGGAUCAUGUGGGUAUUAUCCUAAUAUUUAUUGGAAGUACAUUAAAUUGGGAAAUUCCCUGUUUUGAGAAACGAAAUAUGUUUUUCAUGGGGUAUUUUCGUGAAUAAAUCAACAACUUUUUCA